GGCCAAUUUCGUGGCUCAGUCGAUCUUGGUUCUUGGUCAGAGAGCUUUAUCCCUGCGAACGGUUCUUCCACCCCCUCCUCCUCCGCUUCCAGCCGGUUCUCUUUUAUUGAACGGAUUAAGAAAAAGCACGCGAUGGUCGUUUGAUUGACGCCGAUCGGGAGGCCACUUCGAGGAGGUUCAUCGUGGACGAUAGAUCACCGCGUGUCGUCGCGAUCGGCAGGAUCGAAUGGACGCGAGGACCGAGUCCGGUACCAAGCAGACGGCGGAAAAUGUCGUGGAAGAUGCAGUCGACCAGACAGGGUUCGGCAAGUUCAACCUUAAGGUCAUGGCCGUGUGCAGCCUGAUCUUCAUGAAUGUGGCGUUCAGUAUUACUAGCAUCGGAUUUAUAUUACCGUCGGCAGCAUGCGACUUCAAGAUGACCACGGUUGACAAGGGACGUUUGAGCGCCGCACCCAUGCUAGGUAUGCUGUGCGGAUCUUACAUCUGGGGCUGUUACGCGGCCAUAAAAGGUCGGAGGAUGUCCUUGCUGGUGGCUCUGCUGCUGCACGGGGUUUCGGAGCUGUUGGCGUCGGUGGUACCGCACUAUUGGAUCUUCCUGUUUCUAAAAUUUUUGAGCGGCGCAGCGAUGAACGGACAGUCGGCUGUGGUGUUUCUCUACCUUGGCGAAUUUCAGCCGACCAAGUACCGGGACAAGAUGCUCUCGUGGAUGGAGAUGGCGUGGGUGAUGGGGAUGAUCAUUCUGGCAGGUGUCGGAUGGAUCGUUAUCCCGUUGGAAAUAAACGUCGAGAUUGCCGGGGUGGUGUUCCGCUCGUGGAACUUCUUCGUAUUCAUUUGCUCGUUGCCGGCGGUGUUCACUGGCACUUGGCUGCUGUUUUUCCCGGAGACGCCGAAAUAUUUGGCGGAGACCGGUCAGAACGUGCAGAUGCUGGACGUAUUGAUGAGGAUGUACUCGGAGAACAGCGGGCAGCCGUCUAAAGAGUACACAACGAAGCUGCGCAACAGCGGCAACAACAACUUAAACGAUCUGGUGCAUCGGAUCAUGCACAUGAAGGAGCUCAAGGAAGAAACGGAGGAGCGGUCGUUUAACGCGAUGAUCGGUGACAUUUGGAUGAAGACGGUGAUGAUCUUGAAGCCGCCGUUCCUUUGUCGAACGAUCGUGGUGUGCUCGAUCGCCUGUUUCGUCACGUCGGCUUAUUACACGCUGACCCUGUGGCUGCCGGAGCUGUUCCACAGGUACGCGGACUUCCAGGAAGCCUACCCUAAUCAGACUGCCAGCGUGUGCACCCUGAAGAGCGCUCGAAACGUCACGGAAUCGGUGCCGACCGACGAUCCGUUUGGCUGCGAAUCGAGAGUGCAGACCAGCGUUUUCGUCCAUACGUUCAUCCUGGGAGCCUCGUGCAUCCCCACUGGCUUGAUCCUGCCGAUGCUCGUCAACUACGUGGGAUACAAGUUCUUCCUUGUGAUAACAGCGUUCGUGCCCGCCGUCGUGACAGCCUGCCUCUUCUUGGUGCAGACCUCCAUUCAGAACCUGAUCCUCUCCUGCGCCUACGAGUCGGUCACCUCGGUUUGCCUGAGCGUCGUCUAUUGCGUUCUGGUGGACCUCUACCCGACGCACUUAAGAGCAAUAGCCGCCGGUCUCUCGGCCUUCAUCAGCCGGAUAGGCGCCAUAAGCGGGACGAUGAUGAUCGGUUACUUGAUCGACGAUUACUGCAUAUUGGUGAUCCUGAUAGUCGCAGCUCAACUCUUCCUGAGCGGGAUACUAGCUCUGUUCACGCCGGGCAGGAAGAAGCCGCCGAAGAAUCCGGACAACGUAAAGUCCUAAUCGAGACGCGGGAGCCUAUGGUCGCCAUCGAGGAAAGCUUUCGAGAAAAAUGGAAGCUUCCCGUAUUCGUGACAGCGUAUUACGGACAAUCCAAUAUCGUAUUCCGAGGCGAUGCGAAUGCAUUUCAUUUAGAAAAAAAGAAAUAGGUCGAAAUCGCGCGACGAGAGCUGUAGGAAGGAGCUGGCCUGUAACGGUUAACAGCCGGCGCCGUUCGAAACAAUCGGGGGAAUCGGAACUGUUUCUCAAAAACCGGUCGAAUUCGACCGGUCCUUUUCAGUCCAAGGUUUCAAUAUCAAGCAACUCGAAUGAUCACAAGGUUACUUAAGCGGUACUUAAAUCGUAUUAUUCAACGUUCGUUUCGCCGAUUGCUUUCGAGUGGCGCGAAGCUCCGAGCGUAUUAAAUAGAUUCAAAUAUAAUCCCGAUUAUAUUCCGUGGUCGUCCUCUUCGAUAAAGAAUGCAUGGUCGAGAAAGUAUGCCCGAUCGCUUGCUGAACGCCUUGUCUAACGCACAAACAACGAUCCGUUCGUAAAAUACUCAAGAAGACGCGAGGCUUUGGUUCGCGUUCGGUGUCCGACUCGCUCAGUAUUCGUUCUCGAGUUCACCGGUGAAUUUCGGCAGAAACACAAGUUAAGGCCGAACGAGAACCAUCGCUCGGAAAAGAAUUGUUCGAUCGACGAUGAUACACGGCGGGAAAGUCAAGCGGAAAAAUUCUAGAAUACUUGUCGGAUCUUCGAGUACGGCGGAUAUCCGUUGUUGGAUCCUUCGAAUCAGAGGUGUUUUCCCCGACGAGAACGGUCGAAAAUUUUCGAAGGAACGAGAAACAGCGAUGAGAUAUAUACGCGUGAUAUGUGUGCUGUUUUUUUUUAACGAAAGACCCGUCUCGGAUAUCGGCGUAUAUACAAUAUAAAUAAUGAUCCGGGACGGAUCCGCAGGUGCCUUUUUCUCUGUCGACGCAUUCCGCGGCGACGCGUGCCUGUACUUAAUCGCUUGAGAGAUCUACUGCUCAAUUCGACACGAGAAUCUCUGCCGCAGAAACGCGUCGGUAAACGCCGUGCAACAACGAGCUAGAAUCGAUUACCAUCGGCGCGCCCGCGACGCCAGUCGUCCGUGCCUUAUUAUACUUUAUUUUUUUAUGUACGAGACUUUUUGUAUUGUCUACUGUUUAUCAUGCCGGCCAUUGAGGUGCAAUAAAAAAAGUGUUCGUAUCCUA